UAAAAUCACACACACAUACAACUACCGCUUCAAUAGAAUUUCGCAACAUUGAUUCACGCCAGGGCUAAUGAUGGAACCCUUUUCUGAUGAUCAUCAAAUGGGUGUUAUGGGGGUCAAUUUAGUUAAUGAUUCUAGGGUUUCAAAUGCUGUUGAAAAUGGGAUUGAUGAUGUUGGUUUAGAUGAUAAUGGUGAUGUUUUAGGAUCAGGGUUUGUCAGUAAUGAAGUUUUUAGGCCGAAUUUAGUGGAACGGCCUGCGAUUGAACUAGUUGUUGAUUUGAAUAAAUGUGGUACUAAAGAAUGUGAACAUAGAUGCGGGGACGGGUCGAAUGGUAGGAGACGGGUUAUUGAUAAUGAUGAUGGGUUAAGUGAAAAGAAGGGUGAGUAUGUGGUUAUGGAUUUAGUUUGGGGAAAGGUUAAGAGUCAUCCGUGGUGGCCGGGUCAAAUAGUUGACCAGUCUGGUUCAACGAAGAAAGUGAUGAAGUAUUUUAAGAAGGAUGCGUUUUUGAUAGCGUAUUUUGGGGACAAUACGUUUGCGUGGAAUGAAAGUUGUAAUAUUAAGCCCUUUCGUGUAAGUUUUUGUAAAUUUGUGGGUCAGAGUAAUGAUGAGGCGUUUGUUCUUGCUGUGGGUUGUGCUUUAGAUGAGAUUGCUAGACGUGUUGAGUUUGGUUUGGCGUGUACGUGUUUGAAAGAAGAGGUGUACUUGCAACUUAAAUCACAAGUCAUUGUUAAUGAUGGAAUUAGGAAAGAAUGUAGUAACAUAGAUGGUGGGGAUAGAUUUUCGACUGUGGAUUCUUUCAAACCUGCUAAAGUAGUUGACAUUUUGUAUGAUUUUGCUAAAGAUCCGCUUGAGUUGGAUAGGUUGGAGGUUGUGAUCGUUGGAAGUCAGUUAUCUGCUUUUAAUCGUUGGAAAGGGUAUCAUCAAGUUCAAUUAAAUGAAGUUUUAAAUGAGGCGGAUGAUAAGGUUGAUGAUGAUAAUCAUCUGCUUCAUUCGACAGAAAAGGUGAAAGCUCGUGGCAGGCCACGAAAACGUGACCGUUUAUCUGCUAGUGGUUUCAGCCCGAGUAAAAAAGUUAGAUGCUUGUCGGAUUUGAUGUCAAACGGUAGGGAAAGUGUGGCGGAUGGGGAGUACAAACCUAAUAAGGGAGGCAGAAAAAGGAAAGUAAGUGGAUCUAAUGGAUAUAGCAAGGAAAAAUCAAGACAGAUUCCUUCUGCAAAUGAAUUUCUUUCGUUGAUCUGCCUGGUUGCCACAAAUCCGACAGGAGACCAGAAUGAUCUUGAUUCAUUGAUCAAGUUCUCAACUGGUUUUAGGAAUUAUAGAUUGAGAGAAGUCAAGAAUGAUGAAAAAAAUGUGAGCGAACCCGAAACUGUGGAGGCAGAUGGAAUUACAGGUAUUAAGGAUUCUUACUGGACAGACAGGAUUAUUGUAACGGAAACUGAAGAGCAAGUGGUUCCCGAUGUUAGCCGAACCCCAAAAGUAGAGGACUUCGGAACUGCUUUAGUCCUCAAAUUUAAGAAAUUGGAUACUGUGCCACCAGUGAAGAAACUGAAUGAGAUAUUUGGGCGUUUUGGAGCAUUACAUAAAUCCGAGACUCGAGUGUUGAAGAAUAAAAAGCUUGUGAAAAUGGUGUUUGAGAAACGAGCUGAUGCAGAAACUGCAUUUAGCAGCAGUGGGAAGUUCAAACUCUUUGGACCAGCUCUGGUCAGUUACUCCCUUGACUACAAACCAACACCCCGGAAAAAAGCUACAGAUGCUAAAAAGGGCAUGAAAUCAGCCAGGGCAAUACAGUUUGAGAAGUAGUGAAGUAAGGCCUUUCGGUUAUACUUUUUUUCCGGCUAUACUUGUUAAACAUAUAUGGCUUUGACUUUCGUUUUUGGUUUUAUGCCUGCCUUAUGAAUGGUGUACAGCAAAUUGCUUGAUGUAAAACUUCGGAUCUUUUUGGUUUAGGAAUAUAGACAAGAUCUUGAAAAGUA